AUGUCUGACGUACGACAACGAACGAAUCGAGGACAGGGGAGCGAGGCUGCUGAGCCUCAGGGCAAAGAGGAUGUGCCCAGGACCCCUGGGAGUGAGGAUGAAGAUGAAGACAUGCUGAAUGUAGGGGAAGUGGCAGAUACCUCUUCCCUUCCACAGGCCUCUGACAAGACAACGGGUGCCCUUGAUUCAGCCCUCAAAGAUCUUUCUCCAAGAUGGAGGAACUGGGUAGUGCGUGGAAUCUUCUCCUGGGUGAUGAUAUUUGGAUUUGGAUUCAUGAUAUACCUUGGUCCUCUGGCUCUGGUUGUUGUGAUUUUUGCGAUCCAGAUAAAGUGCUUCCAUGAAAUCAUCACAAUAGGCUAUGUGGUUUAUAAAUCGUUCGACCUGCCAUGGUUCCGUUCUCUCAGCUGGUACUUCUUGCUAGUGUCAAACUAUUUCUUCUAUGGAGAAAGUCUCAUUGACUACUUCGGAGUGCUCCUUCAUAGAACGGAAUUCAUGCGUCCCUUUGUGACCUUUCACAGGUUCAUAUCUUUCUCCCUUUACAUAGCAGGCUUUGUGGCAUUUGUCUGCAGUCUAGUCAAAAAACAUUACCUGAAGCAAUUUACACUGUUUGGAUGGACACAUGUGACUCUACUCAUAGUCGUCACACAGUCUCACCUCAUCAUGCAGAACAUCUUUGAAGGACUUGUAUGGCUCCUCGUUCCAGUAUCCAUGAUCAUCUGUAACGAUAUCAUGGCUUACAUGUUUGGAUUUUUCUUUGGUAAAACACCACUGAUCAAACUUUCACCUAAGAAGACAUGGGAAGGCUUUAUAGGAGGGGCUGUGUCUACAGUUUUCUUUGGCAUUGCACUGUCAUAUUUCCUGGUUCAGUAUGACUCCAUGGUGUGUCCAAUUUCUUAUGACGAAGUCAAAGACACAAUGUCCAUGGAAUGUGAACGUCACCCAGUGUUUGUCUUGUCAGAGUAUGGUAUUCCUGCCACUAUACAGACAUUCUUGUCCAUUUUUGGCUUCCCCCAGACCACGAUAAAGAUCUACCCUUUCCUACUCCAUUCAAUCUCAAUGUCUCUGUUUGCAUCUGUCAUUGGUCCAUUUGGUGGAUUCUUUGCAAGUGGAUUUAAGAGAGCAUUUAAAAUCAAGGAUUUUGGAGACACGAUUCCCGGACAUGGCGGAAUCAUGGAUAGAUUUGAUUGUCAGUUCCUUAUGGCUACAUUUGUACAUGUCUAUUACACAAGCUUUAUCAGAGCACCUAAUCCCCAGAAGAUCAUACAGAAUGUUCUCUUGCUCAGCUCAGAAGAACAAGUACAAGUUUUCCACAUGCUGCGAGACAAACUCCUUGCUCGUGGCCUGUUGACACUGACAAAUGUAACCAUGCCAUCUUAGCAGGCCAGUUACAACUAUUAGGAAUUUUAUUUGAAUUUUUCUUUUAAUUUAUUACACAUUUUAAUGGACAUUUGAUUAGAAAUGCAAAGUUUGUUUGGAAUAUUUUAUAAAGUAGAAUGUGUUUCCAUGGUAAUUUCAAUUUUUAUUUCUGUUGUAUGAGAGCUGAGAGAAACAAAAAGAAUACAUGUGUGUUUGUAUGUCUCUUUUUCUCUGUCCAAGGCCAAGGUUAAAACAUUGAAGACAGGUAUGCUAAGCCAAUUUUAUCUUCCUCUAACUGGAUUUAUCUUUUACUUUGUUUUGACGAAAAGUGACACCUCUUUGAUCUGAAUCUUAAUUUCCUGGACACUUUCCAUGUAAUGAUAUUUCGAUUUUCUUUUAGUCACUCAUGACUUGUUUUAGUCACUCAUGACUUGGUUUAGUCACUCAUGACUUGUUUUAGUCACUCAUGACUUGGUUUAGUCACACAUGAUUUGAUACUACCUAGUAUAUAUUCCAAGACAAUAAGCUAUUCCUUUUGGUUCCUGUUUUAUGAGGUUUUAAUACUGUAUGAAGUUUGAAAGUCAGGUGUGUGAUAUGCUUGUAUAUGAUAAUUACAUUAUGGACAUGUUUUACAAAUGAAGACAUAUUAUACACAUUAAUAUAUUUGUUUUAUUACUAACCUCUGUAUUUCACACCUUCAGGUGUAGUUAUUAUAAUGGGCUGGUGACCAAUACAUCUGAUUUACCUAGGAAUGAUAACUAUAAUGAUAUUAUAGAAUGGUUACAUUUAAACUUUGACAAAAGCUAAGUGUAAUUUGUUACAGACUAAGCCACAGAUUAUGUUAGUUCCGUGGCAGCAAUAUUGGAUGUAAAUGCUUGCUAUUUAAGGAUUGUUGGGUUGCAUAUUGGCAACACAUUUGCCUUUCACCUAGAUGUCUGGGGUUUGAUGCCCUGAACAGACGUAAAAACAAAAACAGUGAUGAAUCAUUAGUUGAAAUAACUUGUUUGUUUCAUUAUACACUUGUGAUACAGCAGACUUGAAAUAAGAUUUUUAUCUAUUUAGUAAGUAGAUGGCAGUGAUUCUGGCAGACUUGAAAUAAGAUUUUUAUCUAUUUAGUAAGUAGAUGGCAGUGAUUCUGGCAGACGUGA